AGCACUGUCUCAGCUGGGGAACCUAGCUUUCUGCCUGCCAAUUCCAGCCCCCAGCCUUCCAAGGAACCCAGCACUAUCCCAGCUGGGGGACCUAACACUCUGCCUGCUGAGAAAUCCAGCCCCAAGCCUGCCACAGAACCCAGCACUGUCCCAGUUGGGGGACCUAACUCUCUGCCUGCUGAGAAAUCCAGCCCCAAGCCUGCCACAGAACCCAGCACUGUCCCAGUUGGGGGACCUAACUCUCUGCCUGCUGAGAAAUCCAGCCCCAAGCCUGCCACAGAACCCAGCACUGUCCCAGUUGGGGGACCUUAUUCUCUGCCUGCUGAGAAAUCCAGCCCCAAGCCUGCCACAGAACCCAGCACUGUCCCAGUUGGGGGACCUAACUCUCUGCCUGCUGAGAAAUCCAGCCCCAAGCCUGCCACAGAACCCAGCACUGUCCCAGUUGGGGGACCUUAUUCUCUGCCUGCUGAGAAAUCCAGCCCCAAGCCUGCCACAGAACCCAGCACUGUCCCAGUUGGGCAACCUAACUCUCUGCCUGCUGAGAAAGCCAGCCCCAAGCCUGCCACAGAACCCAGCACUGUCCCAGUUGGGCAACCUAACUCUCUGCCUGCUGAGAAAUCCAGCCCCAAGCCUACUGAGAAAUCCAAUGCUGUCCCAGUGACUGCGUUUAAUCCUCUGCCUGCUGAGUCUAGCCCCAACCCAUUUACAGAAUCCAGCACUCUCAAAUCAAUCUUGGGGGGCAAACUGACUGGAUCCAGUCCCCAUCCAGUUGUGGAGUCCAGUGCUCUCCCCACCCAGGAGUCUAUUCCUGACCUUGGCAAGGAGUCCCUCCCUCCAUGUGUCAUUUCCUGCCUGCUUGAACCAAGAUGUGCUAAGAAACUGAAGUCUCUUAGUGGAUUUUCUCAUCUCUAAAUGUGGUGUUUUAACAUCUGUUUUAAGUCAAUAAAACCAGUUAUCUUCCUGGUAAAA